GUAAUCUUCCAAUAACAAGUACGUUUACCUUCUGUCACCUUGCUUUCUAACACUACGUAGCCAUCUGUAGGUUAUGUGUGCAGUUUGUAUUUAUCAGAGCAUAAGGCAUGUAGGUUUCAGCCGUAUUGGUGAUGCGAGGGCCGGUGCGUUGGGUGUUAUGGGAUGUGAAGGACACACUGCUAAAGGUCCGUCGCUCGGUUGGAGAGCAGUACUGCAGCGAAGCGGAGCGAGCAGGACUCAAGCUGCCAGCUGCACAGCUAGAAACUGCUUUCAGACAGGCUUACCGGCAGCUAUCUCGCAUAUUUCCCAACUAUGGUAGAGCUCAGGGCAUGAACAGCCAGGAGUGGUGGACUGGACUAGUGAGGGACACUUUUGCGCAGUGUGGGGUAGAUGACCCUGCUUUACUGGAUAGGCUAGCCAACAACCUCUAUCAUAACUUUAGUGGACCAGAAAACUGGGAGGUGUUUCCUGAUUCUAAUAAAACUCUGAAGUUCUGCACCGCUUUGGGACUCAAGCAAGGCGUUGUUUCCAACUUCGACAAGCGUUUGGAAGGGAUCCUGAGGGGAUGUGGCCUUCUCACUCACUUCUCAUUUCUCCUGACCUCAGAAGAAGCUGGGGUUGCUAAACCAGACCCUGGCAUUUUUAACCAGGCACUUGUGCGGUGUGGUGUUCCAGCCUCCAGUGUAGUGCAUGUUGGGGACCAUUAUGUGAACGACUACCUGACCUCACGCUCAUUGGGUAUUCGAGGUUACCUGCUUGACAGACAAGACCAUCAAGGGCACCCUGAUGUUCCCCCACAGCACAGACUACAGAGCCUAGAUGAACUACCAGCUCAAUUAAAACAGGAUGUAGACUGAUGAUUAUGUAAUGUUGCUGCAGGUUUAAACUAAUUUUUAAAUGGGCCAUAUUUUUGAGAUGGUCCUCAUUGCAGAACACAAUAUCCAGGGGAAGUGGUUGGAUCGAGAUCCAACUCUUCCCACCUUACAUAUGCCUAAACCCACUCAUCUCCUCCCCCUAGAUGUGGCUCCAACCAUGCCCCCUAGAUCUUGUGUUCUGCAGUGAGGGGCUACUGAUAUUUUUUGCAGAUGCUUGUUUCGUAUGAUGUAAGCCGAAAACAUCAGAAAGUAGGACUGGAAAUUGUUCUGAAAAUGUACUUUUAACAGUUUAGUAUUUUAGUCAUAAUGUACUGCCAACAAUUAUAUUUUAUUGUGAAAAUUG